AUCGACUCCCUCUCUUACCCUAGAGUCUCCAAUUUCUUCAAUAUAAAAAUCCCAUUUGUUCUAUAAAUUAAUAGUCAAAGCAAUUACAUACAUUUCCACUAGAAUAAAAAAACCCACAGAAAAGCAUCAUCUCAAUUCCUUUUUUUCCACCAUUUCCCACCCAUUUUCUUCUCCUUAUUUCUCUGUAGCUAUGUCUUCAAUCUUGACUUCCCAAGGUGCAGUCUUGGCCACAGCCGCCGUCGCCGUCUCCGGCACCGUUCUUCUCCUUGCUUUUCGCCUCCAAAAGUCUCUCCCAACAACCCAAUUCUCAAUCAACUCCAUUCCUCAGUCCCCACCUUCAGGCCCUCCUCGAUCCUGCAUCUCUUCAGAUGGGAAGAGGAGAGAGAAAAAGAAGAAGAGGGUGCACUUUGCAGAGGAUGUGCUGGACCCAAUAGGGAACAGUGAUGAAUACAGAAAGUUGCAGAGUAGUAAUAACAGCCAUAGAAAUACUUCAGUUUCGAAGUCAUCGACGACGACGUUCAAGAACAGUGAGAAAGUGCAAAGACGAAUGCCAGCAAAUCGGUUGGCUCUUUACAAUGGAAUUCUCAGAAACCGAGUCCUUCACCGGGUGGCCUAUUCCUCUUAUUGACUUUGAACUUGUACGUGUGUAUAAUCUCUAAUUUGUCCUCUAAUUUUGUACAAAUGUUGGAUUUCUUGUGAGUUUAUUUUAGCUUGAUUGCUCGUGGAUUUUAGUUUUCACUGGGAUAACAGUUACAUGGA